AUGACGCUUCCAGACCUUGCCUUCACCGCCAUAUCAAGCUCCCGGGUAGCAGAGAAUGGCACCGGUGGCCCCAUGGAAGAGACGUGCAUCUUCAACGAGGAGUUCAAGUUCAUCCUUCUGCCGGUCUCCUACGGGGCCGUCUGCGUGGUGGGGCUGCUCCUCAACUCCUGCUCCCUGUGGCUGUUUCUCUUCAGGAUGAGGCCCUGGAAUGCCACCACCACGUACAUGUUCAACCUGGCCGUCUCCGACACCCUCUACGUCCUCUCCCUCCCCACGCUGGUCUACUACUAUGCUGACCGCAACAACUGGCCGUUUGGCGAAUGGCUGUGCAAGAUUGUGCGCUUCCUUUUCUAUGCCAACCUCUACAGCAGCAUUCUCUUCCUCGCCUGCAUCAGCAUCCACCGUUACAUUGGGAUUUGCCACCCCAUCCGUUCCCUCAGGUGGGUCAAAACCAGGCACGCUCGCUUGGUGUGCCUUGGCGUGUGGCUGGUGGUGACCCUCUGCCUCAUCCCCAACCUGGUCUUUGUGACCAUCAGUGUCAAGGGCAACAACACCCUCUGCCAUGAUACAACAAAACCUGAGGAGUUUGACCAUUAUGUCCACUAUAGCUCAGCCGUGAUGGCCCUUCUCUUUGGCAUUCCCUUCCUGGUGGUCGUGGUGUGCUACUGCUUGAUGGCUAAGCGGCUGUGGAGCCCGCAGCCUCUUGGGGGCUCCCGCCAGACUCUUCCCUCUUACAAGAGACGCUCCAUCAAGAUGAUCCUGGUGGUGCUCUCGGUGUUCGCCAUCAGCUUUGUGCCUUUCCACAUUACACGGACCAUCUACUAUGCCUCUCGGCAUCUCAAAGCCAGCUGUUACACACUCAACAUUGUCAAUGUCACCUACAAGAUAACCCGGCCUUUAGCCAGCGCCAACAGCUGCAUAGACCCUGUCCUGUACUUCUUGGCUGGUGACAUGUACAGAGGGCGGCUGCAUCGGGCUCUGUUCAAAAUGCCUAAAUCCAAGCAGGCAUUGUCCACUUCGACAGUUGUGUCCCAAUUUAGGGAGAGCAGUCUACCUGCUCAGAGAAGAAACAGCUUCUGCCUGAGAGGAAUCAGCAGCCAUGCCCAAAACAGUCGGGGAGAAAGCAGGUGA